GAUACAAUGAUUUGAUCAGUCUGUUGCCGCACUAUAGACAUGAUGAAGUUCAGUUUCUGCAUGUGUCUUUGCAUUGUUGUGAGUUCAUGGACUGUGUUGCAGGUACAAGGGGGAGAUCCCUGGGUGUACUUCGCAACAAGGCUUGGUCGUAAUACUCGAUUUGGUCUUGGUAGCGCUGUUGUAUUCGAUAGAGUGGCGGCAAACAUUGGUAAUGGAUAUAACCCAACAUCCGGGAUAUUCACCGCUCCAUUCUCAGGUUAUUACGAGUUUAAAUGUCAGCUUCUGGCCUCCAGUCCAGGAUGCUUUGAAUACGCACUAGUGAGCCAGGGAUCCUACAAAGCAAUGAUCCUGUUUCCAAAAUCUUCCUUAGCCUCUAAAACCAUGAGCGCCAUCUUCCAUGUCACAGCAGGACAUCACGUCUGGGUUAAAAGUCACCACAUCCCUGGAACGCUUCGAGGUGGCAUAUGGUCCCAAUUCUCGGGGCGUCUAGUUCGUAAAGAUUAAUUCCACUUGCAGGAUGAUGCAAAUAUGUACGCCGUCUUAGCACGUUAAUAAAAGCGACAAAAUCCUU